AUGUCCACUCCUCAGGUCCACCAUCUCUUCCAUGCCCCAAUUGCAGACCACUCUUUCUCCACCGACAAGCAGACCCUCGCUGUCGCCCGGGAGAACAAUGUGGAGCUGUAUCAACAAUCAGGCAACAAGUUUGCGCUGAGCGAUGAACUGAAGGGCCAUGAGAAGACUGUCACCAGUGUGGAUAUCGCUCCAAACAGCGGCCACAUUGUUACUUGCUCGCAGGACCGUAACGCCUACGUCUGGGAAAAGACCCCCUCCGGCUGGAAGCCUACCCUCGUCCUCCUCCGAAUCAACCGUGCUGCAACCUUUGUGCGCUGGUCGCCUUCCGAGCAGAAGUUCGCCGUCGGCUCUGGAGCUCGAGUGAUUGCUGUUUGUUAUUUCGAGGAGGAGAAUGACUGGUGGAUCUCGAAGCAUCUCAAGAAGCCUAUUCGCAGCACCAUUACAACCCUUGCCUGGCACCCUAACUCUGUCCUGCUGGCAGCAGGAUCCACCGAUUCCCAUGCUCGUGUCUUCUCCAGCUUCAUCAAGGGCAUCGACACUCGCCCAGAGCCCAGCGCCUGGGGUGAGCGCUUGCCUUUCAACACUAUCUGUGGUGAAUUCCUGAACGAUACCGCUGGUUGGAUCCAGGGUGUCGCCUUUUCCCCCAGCGGCAACUCUCUUGCCUUCACUGGACAUGACAGCAGCGUGACCGUUGUCUACCCCAGUGCCCCGGAGCAGCCGCCCCGUGCCAUGUUGAACAUCUCUACGCGCCUGCUGCCCCUGAACAGCCUCAUCUGGAACGGCGAGACUGAGAUCAUUGCCGCCGGACACGACUGCGAGCCCUUCCGCUUCCGCGGCGACGAAAAUGGCUGGCAGCUCGUUGGCUCCUUGGAAAAGAAGGCUGGGGAUGCCGGUGGUGCUCGCGAGGAAUCCGCCUUGAACAUGUUCCGACAGAUGGACCUCAAGGGCCAGGCCUCGGCAGACACCAAGCUCAAGUCUACCCACCAGAACACCGUGAACACUGUCCGAGUGCACGAGGAAGCCAACGGGGCUGUGAGCUCCUUCAGCAGGCAACCCCGGAUUUUCCAAGGUUGGCCUCGCAUCACCAGACUUCGCCCUUCUUUGCAUUUGGCUGGCCUUUCUCUUUUCUUUAAAUAUGGACUACACCCACUCGUUACAAUAUGCACAGCCAUGAAUAGAAUCAUUCUCAUUCCUAUCCUAUUAUACCUCUGCCUGGUCGGGGUCAUCGCCCGAGGUGAAGCAAGCACCCAUGUCCCUCGGGAUGUCUUCGACUCACUCGAAGAAUUGUCUCGCCUAGUGGAUAUCUCAUACUGCGUGGGAACCACAGGUGUCCGACAACCAUUUCAAUGUCUCAGUAGAUGCGACGAUUUCCCCGACUUUGAGCUCAUAACCACCUGGAACACUGGAAUCCUCCUGUCCGACUCGUGCGGGUAUAUUGCACUCUCCCACAGUACUAAACGAAUUCUUAUCGCGUUCCGCGGUACCUAUUCCAUAACCAACACGAUAAUCGAUCUCUCCGCCUACCCACAGGCGUACAUCCCCUAUCAAGGCGAACCCGACGCCCCAGGCCCGAAAUGCGCCAACUGCACUGUCCACGCCGGGUUCAUGAACUCCUGGCUGAACACUCGCAUCACAGUUCUCCCCCGCGUCUCAGAAGCACUGCAGAAAUACCCAGACUAUGAAGUAACGCUCGUCGGGCAUUCUCUCGGGGGUGCGGUCGCCGCAUUAGUGGGUCUUGAAAUGCGCCUUAAAGGCUGGGAUCCUCUGGUCACGACGUUCGGUGAGCCAAUGGUUGGAAAUGAGGACUUUGUCCGAUUCUUCGACGAGCAAUUCGGCUUCGGUGAUGCUGUUGGCAUCCCGCCUAUGAAGGGUCGGCGGCUCAGGCGCGUUACUCAUAUCAAUGAUCCGGUCCCUUUGCUCCCGCUUUGGGAAUGGGGGUAUCGGGCUCAUGCGGGCGAGAUCUUUAUCUCCCGAUCGGAGCUGCCGCCCACGUUGGAAGAUGUGCAUUUGUGCGUCGGUGAUAAUGAUCCAAGAUGCAUCACUGGAUUCGGGGGGCCUGCUCCUUUACUUGAACUUUAUCGGAAUAAACAGUCUUUUGCAUCGACUUCCCGCGAUGGAUGUAGCCAUGUUGAGUCUGGAUCCUCUGAAGACCAACUUGUCUUGCGUGGACAUGGCGAUCGGGAUGUUUCUGGAUGCGAGAAACGUGUUGCGGAUGGUCUGUCUGCUCUUCGGUGGGAUUGGUCUCUUAUCCCGGAGAGGUAUCGACUCUGGGAGCUGUUUUACGCCCAUCGAGACUACUUUUGGCGCAUUGGUCUCUGUGUGCCUGGAGGUGACCCAACUGGGUAG